GCAAACAGAGGAGGAGGAGGGUGCGGUGCGGGGGAGAAUAUUCUCUGGGGUCCCCCCCGCCCUCCGCAUUGUCACCUGAUUGCGCUGAGCCUCCUGUGCGUCGAGGAAGCAGUGAAAAGAAAACAAAAUACAAGUGCAACAAGCAACCGUGACGACGAUUUACUGGGUGGUAGCCGCUACACUGUCGUCGGGAGGCGAGCCCUCUACCAGUGAGGUGUCCGCAAACUCGGUGACGCCGACGUCGCGUUGAGCCCCGAGCGCCCAAGCCACGGGCAGCCCCAAAUCGGCCAUGUUUAGCUGGUCGACCGCUGCAUUCGAUAAACUGCUCGACAAAGCAACCAGUCACUUGCUUCUGGAACCUGACUGGCCUGCCAUCCUGCAGAUAUGUGAUUGCAUCCGUCAAGGAGAUGUCCAGCCUAAGUAUGCAGUGAGCUCCAUCAAGAAGCGACUGUACACCAGGAACCCCCACGUGACCCUGUUUGCACUGCAGGUGCUGGAGUCUUGCGUGAAGAACUGCGGCACCCUGGUUCACAAUGAAGUGGCCACGAAGCCCUUCAUGGAGGAGCUGAGAGACUUGGUAAAGGCAAAUACGAACGAAGCAGUGCGUGACAAGGUGUUGGAGCUGGUCCAGGCCUGGGCCCACGCGUUCCGCAACGACCCCAACUACAGGGCGGUGCAGGACACCCUGAACCUCAUGAAAGUGGAGGGACACAAAUUCCCGCAACUUAAAGAAAGCGACGCCAUGUUCUCGGCAGACCAGGCACCCGACUGGGCAGACGGCGAGUGCUGCCAUCGCUGUCGGGUCCAGUUCACCCUCGUGCAGCGAAAGCACCACUGCAGGAAUUGCGGGCAGAUCUUCUGCCAGAAAUGCUCAUCUCAGAUGGCACCCAUUCCCCGCUUCGGCAUUGAGAAGGAAGUGCGUGUCUGUGAAGCCUGCUACGAGAAGCUCUCAGCAGCGGCAGCCAAGGCUGCGCCGGCAAAGGCGGCACAGAAGGGGAGCGGAUCUGAGCACUCUUCGCCAAGCCAAACGUCAUCGUCUGCCCCCUCUGGCGGCAAGUCGGAGCAAGAGCUUCAGGAAGAGGAGGAGCUUCAGCUGGCCAUUGCUCUCUCCAAGAGCGAGGUGGAGACCAAUCAGCGAGCUUCUAGGACGUGGCAGCCCGCCAGCACGGUACCCAGCGCGGUCGCCACCGUUCCAAACGCGACAUCGGGAGAUGCAUUGGACAAGAGCGGCUCGGACAAAGCACGCAAGAAGGACUUGGCAGACGGCGACCCCGAGCUGGCGCGGUACCUGAACCGCGCCUAUUGGGAGCAGCGGCAGCAGCAGCAGCAGACGGAUCAGAACGGGGACCCUUCUCUGGCCUCGAGGCUCAGCCCUGUCCCCAGUGCACCCACGUCGGCCGGGUCGCCCUAUUCCACUGUCAAGGCGAUCGAGAAAGCAGACAGCGGCGGUGUCACGGUGUCCGUGUCCUUGGGUUCGGCGACGGAGUCCGACUCGCAGCUGGAGGAGUUUGUGGCCCAGCUGCGCACGACGCUGGAGGUGUUUGUGAACCGGCUGCAGAGCAACGCGGCCCGGGGCCGCCCCGUGGCCAAUGACUCGCAUGUGCAGAACCUGUUCCUCUCAGUGAGCAGCAUGCACACCCAGCUGGUGCAGCACCUCCAGCACCAGGAGGACCUCAGGGAGUACUACGAGGGCCUGCAGGACAAGCUGGCGCAGAUUCGGGACGCGCGUGGCGCCCUGGACGCCCUCCGGGAGGAGCACCGCGAACAGCUCCGGAGGGACGCCGAGGAGGCCGAGCGGCAGCGCCAGAUCCAGAUGGCCCAGAAGCUGCACAUCAUGCGGCAGAAGAAGCAGGAGUAUCUUCAGUACCAGCACCAGUUGGCACUGCAACGCAUGCAAGAGCAAGAAAGGGAGCUGCAGAUGCGGCAUGAACUGCAAAAGCAGCAGCUACAGUACCACCACAUUAACACCACCACACCAGGCUUCCCAGGCCAGCCUGGAAGCCUGCCUCCCCAGAUGGUCUCCAUGGCAGGCCAACCAGGCAGUCUGCCUCCAAAUUCCAUUCCACAUCAUCCUGGAGCAGUGCCUCCACAACCAGGACAGGUGCAUCCUCAGAUGCACCCCCAGCAAGGGCAGAUGCCUUCUCAACAAGGACAUAUGCCACCUCAGCAGGGGCAGAUGCCACCUCAGCAGGGGCAGAUGCCACCUCAGCCGGGUCAGAUGCCACCUCAGCCGGGUCAGAUGCCACCUCAGCAAGGGCAGAUGCCACCCCAGCAAGGGCAGAUGCCACCCCAGCAAGGGCAGAUGCCACCUCAGCAAGGACAGAUGCCACCUCAGCAAGGGCAGAUGCAUACUCAGCAAGGACAAGUGCAUCCCCAGCAAGCGCCACUGACGAUACAUUCACACCAAGUCCCAAUGCCACAACCGGGCCAGGUCCCGCAAGGAACAGGGCAUCCACAGCAUGGACAAGUGGUUCAUCCGGGGCAACCAGGCACCAUGCAUCCUCAGCCAGGACAAGUGGUGCAUCCAGGACAAGGGCUGCCACCUGGCACAAUGCUUCCUCAACAAGGACAGAUGCAUCAAGGACCUCUUCCAGCAGGGAUGCGCCUACCGCAAGGACACGCACCACCACCACCACAGCAACAACCAGGGCCCAUGAUGCAGCGAGGCCCGAUGCCGCAGCAGAUGGGUUCCAUGGCCGGCGUACCUGGACCGUACCGGUCUCCCACACAUGCCGCAGGCAUGCCGUACAUGAUGCCCCCCCAGAACAUGGUCGGGGGGCCGCAGUACGGAAGCAUGACCCUGCCGCACAUGCUGCCACAUCCCAUGGAGUUUCAGGCAUAUGCCCUGCAGUCCAUGCCCCUGGGAGUACCUCUGCCACAGAGCAUGCAGCAACACCAUUCGAACCACAUGGCACACCCGACGUCACCACAGCAGCAGGGUCACCACGUCCCCACCAGCAUGCCAUCACACGAGCAAAUGCCAGUGGCGCCCCCACCGGUGCAGGAGGCUGCCCUCAUCAGUUUCGACUGAUCCUACCGCAUUGAAUUCUUCCAAGCCUUCACGAGCAAUGGAACCCGGGUUUUGUGUGGAUCGUGGACCAGCUGAUCCCCGCAAACAGUCUCAGUGCUUUACUUAGAGUGGCCCCCCGACCUGCUCCUGACAUGUAGCAGACCUACAGUCAGCUUGGUGGUGGCCUAGAGUUGACCACCGCAUGUGGCUCUGGAUUUUUCCUUGGACUUGCAUUGGUCGCCUCCUCUUAGCCGACUUCCAGCCGGUUUGAUGCCGUGUGUGGUUCACCGGGCCGGCUUGGUACCGGUCUGGUGCCAUCGUGUGGCCGACCUGGAGCCCAUUUGCUGGUGGCUUAAAUGUGACCACCGCAUGUAGUACUGGAUUUUUCCUGGGACUUGCGUUGGUUGCCUUUUUGGAGCCGACUUCCAGCCAGUCUGAAGUAGUGCGCGGUUGACCCGGUCGACUUGGUGACGGUCUGAUGCCCUCGUGUCAGUGAUAUUUAGUUGCUGCUGCAUUAGAGGGCCGCAGUCUUCCUGGGCGAUUAUCGGCAUGCUGUUCAAUUUGAGGGGAUGACCAACCUGCAAUGGACUUCGAGGAAACUCAAGUGCUUUGUCUGGAUCCUGGCCUGUGACCUACUCCAGCCCACUUGGAGCAGACGCACAGACGAUCCGUAGCCGACCUUCAGCUUCAUGCUUUAGCCCACAGUACGCUGAAAGGCUGCUGCCAUACGGGCCCAGAGGACGUUUCGCUGCAUACGAUGGAUAGGGAGGCUUUGUCGUCUGCUGUUUGGCGAUUGGCCUUGUGUUCUUGAAGCCUUUCUUUAAACGGUGGUUCUGUCUUUCGUGAAAACGUAGUCAUUUGCAAGCUGUGCUGUUCCUUUUUUUUUUUAUGCUAUCAGUGUGCAACAACGCCCGAAAAACGCCUAAAUACCACGACCGCCUGUCGUCUGCCGCCGGGCUUCUGGUUUGCGGAUGGCCUGUGGUGGAUCUGUCACUAUAUGCUCUUCACAAACACUAAUCAGUUUUAGAAAAUUUUAGCAAACAUUUCUACCGAACAUUGUUGCAGAAAGUACUGGAGGCAGUCUGCAACGGUGUCUGGUCCCACGUAAAAGGGUGUUGCAGUGGCUUCAAAACAAUGAUGGCUCUUGUCACUAUUUAUGGAAUAGCAGUUGUUUGUGGCAAGUAAUAAUGCCAAGAGUCAAACUGGGAACGCCAUUUGGGUCCAGGACCAAAGCUGCUGGGUCGUAUUGAUAAGUGCAAUGUUAUUGAGGCUGGUUGUUUCCUUUGGUAGCAUUGCAGGCAAAGAAUAUUUCGAACUCCGGUUUUUUUCCAGCUUUUGCUGCAGAUCAUUCAAAAGGAAAAGAAAAGUAGUUCUGAGAAUCAUCACCCAGCCGUGAUUGCAGUUUCGCUAAAUUAUGGAGAUUGAUACGACUACUUUCUACUGGCUCGCUGCUUGGUGAAACGAAGGUGACUGUGUUGCGUGGUCUGCUUUGAGGGCACUUUCUCAGUGGUCAUUUGUGGAAACCUUGUUCCAAGUGGACAACUCUGCAGUUGAUUGGUAUGCAUCCAUUAUAUUUUUAAGUGCUGUAGCGGGGGUGGUGGAAACUAUUGCUUGAUUAGUGUGCACAUGCUGGAGACUAAUGAUGGGCUGGCCUUUCUUUUUAUUGUGGAUGUUGGCACAGUUUGCCAUGUUCAUUAUUAUUAAAGUUUACUACUUGCUCUGUA